AAUAUAUAAAUGAAUGUUCACACAUAUAGCAUACUGGAAUCUUUUGUCUUAGUGCAUCCAUGACGUCAAUCUCAAUUUAUUUGGUCUAAUUUAGACUGCAAGGCUGCUGGCUAGAGUUACCUGUGUGUAAGUGACACCUGCAGUUCAUGAUCAGGUGGUCAUGUGAGACAGAACACAGCUUCUGGAGAGGUCCACUGCUACAGUGUAUAUGCCAGCCUUGCUUGAUCCUUGCUCAAUAGCAAAAGGCGCCACUUCAAAACCACCGUGGAUCCAUUCAAACCGGCUUCCAGUAGAUUUACAGGAAUCGUUCUACACAAAAAGGAGCAACGUCAUCGUGCUUUGACUCCACAGCCUUUGGGAAGGUUAUUUGAUUUAGUAUCAUGACUGUAAAGCAUAUCUCAGUGGAUUACAACAAGGCAAAUGAACGAGGCACCUUCUCUCCCGGGGACAUCCUGUCUGGCAGGGUGACAGUAGUGACCAGCAAGGAAACCAAAGUGCAGUGUUUAUUGGUCAAAGCCAAAGGAAAAGCCAAGGUGACAUGGCAUCAACAAGAAGGACAAUCCACAGAGAUGCACAGUGACAAGAAGAUCUACUUUCAUUUUGAACAUAUUGUUCUUCAGGAUAAGAACAAAGGAGAUGGUUCAGAAAUCAUCCGCCCUGGGAAAAAUGUGUAUCCAUUCACCUUUGUGAUUCCAAAUAAAGAUAUGCCUUCAUCUUACGAGGGGAAAUGGGGCAAAAUUACAUACAGUUUGCGAGCACAGCUGACUCAGUCAAUCUGGCUCGUCCACAAAACCAAGACUGAGUUCCCUUUUCUGACCAAGUUCCCCUUUGCCUCUAAAUCAGAAAGGAUAAUCAUUGGACUUAAGGAGCAACAAUAUGCAACCAGGAUUUCAUUUUAUGGCUCUGCAAAGGUUACGAUCAAUGUUAGUUCAGAAAAAAUGGGAGUAAAGCAAGGUGAUGCGAUAGGAGUCUCUGUAGAGGUACUGAACGACUCUGCACGCACAAUAACACCCAAGUUCUACCUGUGUGAAAAGCACACCUUUGUUGCCCAGUCAAAGAGGAUCAUUCACACGAAUGACACCCUCUUUGGUACAGGAGACCCUGUUCCCCCUGAGACCAGUCAGACCAUGACCAAAGUUCUGAGCAUCCCUCCACAGCUCCACACUACCUUCUUCAACUGCUGCAUGAUGAAGCUCGAGUACGCAAUCAAGGUCACUCUUGAUGUCCCUCUGGCAAGAGACCCAGAGAUCAAACUUCCUCUGGUCAUUCUGUUGGGUUCGCCAAAACCACAUAAACAAAAACCAAAGAGAUCCAUCUGGUUUAGAAAGCUUCCUACUUAAAAAAAUAUCCAUUAGAUCAAGGGACAGUGGUGUGCAUGUGCUGCUAUAACAAGGAGCAACAGGACAUAGAAUAACAGUUCAAUAUAGCAACAUAAUAAAUAAGUUUAUCCUGCCUCAAAUGCCUGAGAAUUCACUGGAUGUUCUCCUCUCCACUAGAUGGAGAUGUGUGUCACUAAGUAGCCUUCCAGAUUCUUUUGAGUGUACAGUAUGUACUUAAUAAAUCCAACUACUCAGAUCCUUCACUUACAAUAAGUAAACCAAGCAGUACCACAAUGUAGAAAUAAUUCAUGGAGUCACUUAUGUAUCUGGCAUAUUAUCAUCUAUUACAUUAUUAAAUGAAUACUGAUGCCUAGCAUUUUACUGGUCGAGCUGGUUGAAGUGGAGCUAGUUUCGAGGUAGUUUAGUUUCCUUGCAUCGGGGUAAUAAUGAAGAAAAAAAUAAGUUUCCUGUAGAAAUCUCUUCAUUUUGGAAUGUUGUCUAGUCUUUGCAUUUUUUUGUAAAAUAUUUUAUAUCUUUGAGCACUUUUUAAAAUAAAAUUGUGUGAGAAGUUUAG